AUGUAUUGGAGCAGCUGCUACAUUUCUAAACUGACUCCUAAUUUUGUUUCUACCUUGGCCAAAACAGGUUGGCAUCACCAAAUGAAAGCACUGCGUGAUGCAAUAGGGAAACAUGUUACUCUCGAGACGUCCAUGCGCGUCCACAUGCCGAUACUGGGAUUCAGGACAUAUCAAUUGGAGUUCCACAUGGAACAUCUACUUCUAAGGCCAUCAAGUCAGAAUGAGGGCUCGGUUACUGAUGAAUCAAUAGCCGAUCUCUCAUUUCUCGAAUUAGCUAACGCUGAUGGACAGAUCGCUCCCCAUUCAAUAUAUCGAGGGCAUAUGACUCUCGUGAUAUGUGGUUGGAGUAACCUGCAGUGGACAGGGUAUGUUUUCAGCCAGGCUGACAAAGAUAACUUGAACACCGAGGACAUGGACGAGCUCAAAGGACAUUUCCUAACUUCCGAGUAUGGGUUCGACUUCAACACUCCUCCGCAAUCAAUCAAAACAUGGGAUGCAAGAAGAUACUGGCUGCGGUUAGUAGCGCAUCGUAUUCAGUAUGUGCUAAGAGAAUGGUUGUAUCUCGUACGAACAGUUGAAGAGGGCGUAGAAGCAUGGAAAUCACAAGACCCUUGCAACAGUGGUACAAAUAAGGACGCUGUCCUUGCUGAUUAUAUCAAAAGAUCUUUGGACAAGACCCUCCAAACGAUGCAGCUUCUGCGCCAGCUGCGUGACACGCUCUCAGCCACGCUUCGAGCUUACAAUCGCUUCACCAAACUAAACGGGGAUAUGUGCUACUUCUCAGAUAUCAGCGACUGCUCUUCUGUACAGAAUAGUAUUGUUGAGUCAUUUGAGAAGCUCACGGAUCUCUUGUCUAGACUUUGUUCACUCGAUGAUUCUUGCAAACGCUUUGCAACGCAUUUGGGACGCAUCCUCAAACUCGAAAACAACCGUUUGAUUAUACAAAGCAAUCAACUCGAUCAAGAGAGCAAUAUGUACCACCUGGCUACCCACAAACUCAACGAGCGCAUGCACAAACUAAACGAAGAGACAUGUGUUCUCAACAAGGAGAUGCGCGAACUUAAUGAAAGAAGCACAGAAGCGGCGUGUGCAAAUCAAGCAGAAGCCAUCAAGACCAGUAGUAGCACACGCGUGAAUGUCGAGUUACUAUUACUCACUACACCGUUUGGCAUGGUGCUCCAGUAUUUCGACUCUGAGGCACAAAUUCUAUUUUUUAAAAGAAGCCCUAAGACAUUUGUUCUGGCGACGAUCGUUCUAAUGUUGCUUCUUCGUUUGUUGGCCCUGGCGCUCCAGCACGGAGGUACCUUACUGCGCCUCCUUUACCGGAAGCCGUCCGUCACCCCCAAAAGAUCUCAGCCGCCGGGUCAGAAUUCAAAUACUAUCGAGCUGGAACAAACACAGAAUGUCUGA